AUGACUGAUUCCGACUCAUCUAAUUCUGAUGAUGAAAUGGUGUUGGAUGUAUUAUUUUAUUUACCCAGACCAAGAUUCUUUCGGGAUAGGUCAAACCCAUUGGAGGAUUUCGACGAUUUUGAUUUUAAAAGUAGGUUUAGACUAUCAAAGGAAACUUUUGUAUUUUUAUUACAUUUAAUUGGAAACGAUUUGCGACGUUCUACAAAUAGAAGCUUCGCCAUUUCUCCAGAAAUACAAAUUUUGGUGACUUUAAGAUACUAUGCUACAGGUACCUUUCAAGCCGUUAUUGGAGAUCACGUACACGUCCAUAAGUCAACAAUAUGCCGAACCAUAAAACGUGUGUCACUCGCGAUUGGUCGUCUUCGUCCGCAUUUUAUCAACAUGCCUAGGGAUGCUGAAGAAAUUCAGAAAGUUCAAACAGGGUUUUUCAGAUUGAAAGGAUUUCCAAGAGUGGUUGGGGCAGUAGACUGUACCCACAUACGUAUACAGUCACCAAACAGCAAUAUUGGAGAAAGAUUUCGAAAUCGGAAAGGGUAUUUCUCCUUCAACGUACAGGCUAUAUGUGAUAGCAACUUAAAAAUCAUGAAUAUUGUUGCACGGUGGCCAGGUUCUGUUCAUGACAGUACAAUUUUUGAUAAUAGUAUGUGUAGGGCUUAG